AUGGCUACUAUUCGUAAGAGUUUGUUGAACCCGGAUGCAUCCGAAUAUAUACCUAUUUCCACUCGGCCACCGCCUCCUCCUCCUCCUACCGUUGAUUCACCACCACGGGAGAAUGUAUACAGUGUUAUACCUAUAAGAAGGAGCCAUAAGAACGUGACUACUAUCGUGAUUAAGAAUAUUCCAUAUGACUACAACCGUGAAAUGUUGAUGCGAUUUCUGGACGAGCAUUGCUUACUGGAGAAUCAAAAAGCUAGAGAUUCAAAUGGAGAAAAUACACAUGUGUUUGCUUAUGAUUUCUUGUAUUUGCCUAUGGAUUUCAAAAGCAAGAUGAACAAAGGUUAUGCAUUUGUGAAUUUCACCGAUGAGAGAACUGUGUGGAAAUUUUUUGAGGCUUAUGACAAACUAAAUGUGUUGCCGGGAUCUACUUGGAGGGUUAGGAUUGUUACUGCGAAGAUCCAGGGAAAAGAGGCUUUGGUGAACCAUUUCAAGAAUACAAAAUUCAGAUGUGAAUCAGAAGAGUUUCUGCCAGUUCAGUUUAGUCCAGCAAGAGAUGGUUCUGGGGAAUCGGUACAAAUGAUUAGUGUUGGUAAAUACAAAGUCACUCCAUCUUGUUCAGAUAUUCUCAAGAAACCCUAACUUUAAUUUAGGGUGAUGGUAGAACAAAUUGAGGGGUGGAAUAAUGGCACCUAAGUUAUUUAUGACACAUCAUUUGCCUUUCUAUUCUUGCUUGAGUUGAGGAUGUUAGAGGUAAUAAUUUAUGCAGUUAUUCGAAGAUAAAAGCUCGGGUUAACUUGUCAGGGUGAAUGCA